GUGUUCCUGAGUGCUGACCUGCCGACGACGUUUGUGAACAAUCAAGUUGUUCGUAGAAAUGAAGACGAAUUAUUCGUAAUUUUCUUGUCUAGAAGAAAAUAGUUCAAUUUUAUGUAAAUAGCAAAGGUUUUUGUGUUGGGUAUUCAGGGACCAAUCAAAGCUUCUGAAACGUUGAUCAACAAACCCGCGCAAAACCGUGUGUUUGAUUUGCAGAAAAAUAUGCUGCGUUGCCUUUUUCACCUAUUUCAGUCGAAACAAUGGGUAGGAAUGUCGGAAAAUGGAAAAAGGAAAAACAGAACUGGCAGUGACAGUGAUGAAAACAAACAAUAGAUUCAUAGAUUUAGUAAUUUUCUUUCAACUUUCAUUUUUUAUUAAGUAUUUUUUGUUCUUCGUUUAAUUUUUUUCUCAUUAUAUAUUCAUAAUGAAAUUAACAGUGUACUUGUGACGCGAGUGAGCGUUUUCAUCCAGUCAAUCAAAUCCUAAAGUGGGCAAAGUCUCGUAUAAAAUGGAUACUCAAAAGACUUUGAGCGCUAUAAUCGAAACAUUUACUCCAAGUAGCUUGGAUGAAAGUGUUCAACAAAUCAAAGCUUUAUCCCUGAAUGAUCCGCCAAAUUUAAAUUAUCUAGCUAAUCUCAUCUUACAUAAGGUUGUAAUUGAAUCAGAUAUGGCCAAAGAAUAUGCCAAACUAAGUUCCGCACUUCAGGAAAUAGACGUAUUUAAAGUUGUGCUAGUGGAUAAUUGUAAGAACGAAUUCGAGAAAUUUAUUGAUAAGCAUAUUAGAAUGAAAUCCAGACAUCAAGAAUUCUUCAUGAGUAUGACAAGAGGAGUGUUGUUGAAUGAUGAAGCAUCGGAUAUCGAAGAAGAAAAUAAACUCAGAGCUGGAACAAUUCGAUUAUGCAGUUUCAUCGCCGAGUUAUUUCUGCUGAAAGUUCUCGCAUCGAAAGCGAUUUGUCGAUGUAUCGACAUAUUACUCACAGCGAACGACGAUUUUUCUUUGGAUUGUCUGUGCACAUUACUCAGUACUUGUGGCAAACAACUCGAAGAAAAUUUACGGAAAAAAGGAAGCGAAGCGAUGGAUUUUUAUUUCAGUAGCAUCAACAUCGUAACGGUAUACAACGAAAAAUUCAACAUCAGCAAUGAAGUCGCGUACAAAGCUCGUCGUUUGGCUGCUUUGCGGGAGAUGACGUGGGAUAUUCGUGUCGAUGUGGAGAAACAAGCGCAGAAAAAUCAAGAGGCCAAAAAGAAAGCUAAAAAGGAAAAGAAACGUUUGAAAAAAGAACGCGAGAGACGAUCCAAAGAAUGUGGCCCCGAAAAAGAUUGCUCUGAAACUGAUACGAAUGAUAAGGAAGAUUAUUGCUAUCGAGUUGGACGAAGCGAUAUUACUAUUUCUCCGUCAACUUUUCCCAAACGAGAGAUCACGAAGGAAUGCCCUCAUAAAAACGAAAUCAUGGAUAUUGUCAUCGAUAUUGUCGAGGAUUUAGUCGAAGAAAAGGAUUUCAAACGUACCACUCAGUAUAUCGAGUCUUAUUUCAACGGCAGCGAUAAAAAGAACGUCUUCCUGACAAAAUUGAUUCAAUACGUACUCGAUAAAGGAUCCGUAUACAGAUACGCCGUCGGUGAAAUGCUGGCUGAUUUGGUGAAAUUGAAUUUCUAUCAACCGCAUCAAAUGAUGCAGCAGUUAAUAUUUUUGUUCAACGAAUCGCAACAUUUAUUACUCGAUAUACCUUCUCUGUGGUACAACAUCGGCGAAUUAUACAAUUCACUCAUCCGAGAAGAAUACAUUACUUUGCCCGAUUUGAAGGCUGCUAUCGAAACAGCUGGAUUCAAAAGAACCGAAGGAUCUGCUCAUUUUGUUUGUAAUUUAUUAACGGUUUUAAGACAUAAUGAGGGUGAAACAUGGGUUCAGCUUGUUGCUUGGGAUAAUUCAAUCAUGACUUUGGGAGACUUCAUCGCCCCUACGGAAAUCAGAUAUUACAUUAAUAAAUUCGAAUUGACCUAUUUGGUCAGUAGACCGAGUAUUAUGGAUCCGAUGACAAAGGAACUGGCAGUGAAAAAUGUAAAAUCUAUUUUGAUAAAUUACAUCAACUUGGACGAGGACAAAGCUUUUUCACGAAUUUACAAAUGGAGUCAGAAUCAUAUCGGAGAUAAAAUCGAUACCCCGGAAUUUUUGACAGCUUUAACUUUAGCCAUUUGUGAAGUUAGUUUGAAUGCGACAACCAGUGAACUAGAUAUCGAAAAGGUCAAAAGACAUUGUAAAAUACUCGGAUGCUACGUGAAAGAUAGUCAUCGAUCGCAGAAAAUCUGUAUCGAAGCUGUCGAUUCCUUUGUGAAAGAGUAUCCGACUGCUCAAGAUUUCAGAGCGAAAAUCAUGACAGCUUUAUGUCAAGAAAAUGUGAUCCCAGAAAGUCUAGCCGCCGAGAGCGUCUCCGAAGACUUGGAAAAAUUAUGUCUAGAUGAUCGAAUAAGUAGCCCGACGAACAACACUCCCGUUGAGGAAACCGCCGUAUCAUCAUAAGUUUUUAGCGCGAUUUUUUUUCUCCUUUCUCAAAAUUAACGCACUUAUUUAUUUUUUUAAGUAGUUAAUCGUUUUUUCUCUCUUUUUUUUCAUUACAAUGUUUAGUUUAAUGAUUCGUAAUCCCAUUUUUUUUAAACGCAACCCGCCUAUGUACUGAUCACAUCACAUUAUCAUUAAUGUCGAUAUUUUAUUCCCUCUUCUAUUUCUAUCUAGUGAGUUUUUAUUUAUUUAUUUUUUUUUUAUUUUUUUUUUUUUAAAGAAAAAAAACUGAUUGAAAUUAUUGGUGGCAAAAUACGAUAAUUUUUGCAAAUUUGCUUAUCAAUGUUUUCGAUAUUUAGUAUUGAAUUUCGUUAUCUGUGUGUAUCGUCAUAUGAUCUCCGUGUCUUUAUGUUCAGGAUUUAUUACUGUUUUUUGUGUGUAUUUUUAAUUUCUUAUUUUUUUUUCUGUCUUUUGAGUUUUUGUUUAAAACAAAAAUCGAUAAGCACGCUAAUCGAUGGUAAGCACGUAGAGUAAUUUAAAAAAAAUCGUGAUAUUAUGAGUAAUAUGUGAACUAGGGAAGAUUUUUUUUUGUUCCCAUAAUAUUUUCGUGUGUCAGCCGUUGGCUAAAUAUUUAACAAAAUGGUUUGCUCGAUUCAUGAAUUCGAUAUUCUAUAAUUAAGUUUACAUAGUUUAGACUGAUUAUCGUUUCUUUUUUUUUUCUUUUUUAGACACAUUUGUGUUCGCUUUAUUUUGAAUGCAGUGUGAGGAACGUUGUCUAAUAGUUUGAUUAUGCUCUGCUGUAAAUCUAGGAUGGUUUAAAUGCUAGUAGGGGUGAGAUAGAUCUCGAGCUCAAGUGUGUAUGAAAUUGUACACAUGUUCAUCCUAAGAUUGCGUAGAAAUUCGUGUGUGAUAAGGGUGGCAUAUUUCUCUGAGUUUGAAACAAAGCUGGCCUAGUUAGGUUCUUCUGUAAUAAAAUUAAAGAUCAUGUCAGCAUUUUCCUUAAAAUGGAUAGGUGAUAAUUGCUUGUAUCAUUUUCAACAGUAAUAAUAUUAUUUAAUGUAUCGAAAAAGCUAUCUAUAAAUUAGAAUUUUUUUCACAUUAAAUGUGACUUGGAAAUGAAAAGAGAUCAGUUGUAUUCUAGUUUUAAAAUAUCGAUAGUUCAUCAUUAGACCUAAUUAGGUAACGCAGCUCUGUUAUUUUAAAUCUCAACUGCCACCCUAAGUCAUCGAACACUGAUAUUCUCAUUUUAAAAAAAUGAGCUUAGAAGCUUAAGAAAAGGUGUUAGAGAAGCAGGUGUUUCGUGAAUAUUUUGAUUUAUAAGAUUUCAUUUUGUUCGUCCUAAUUUUAUAUAUCUCAUUGUCAUUAUAUAAUGUUCCUGAUAUACUCAUCGCAUAUGUAAGAAGCCGCGCCAUAUACGCGUCGGUCAGAUCGUAUUUUUAAAAUUAAUACCUAUUUUGAUUAACCGCAGGGAGAAAAAAACACAAAAAUCACAAGGCAAUAACCCCAAUUGGCGGAAUAUCCCUAUACAAUAAUCCUAGCAUCUCUGAAAACGUUUCACAGCACUUCUUAGUUCAAAUUUAUAGUGAUUUAUUUUAGCCAUUGUAUUUUUGUAUAAAAAAAAGACGUAUUAUCUUGUGUUCGAUAUUUUUUUCAUCUCUAAUUUCCUUUUUUUUUUCUUUUUCGUUUUCAUAUAUACGUUGUGUGUAUUUAAUAUUGUGUUCUGAUUUCUCUGUCUUUUUUGUAUCCGUGUUGUUUCUGAUAAUUGUUUAAUGUUAAGAUAUUUUAACUACGUUGCAAUAGGUAAUUUUUUUUUCUAGAGAAUGUUUUAAUCAAAGGUGUGAUUUUUAAAUAUGGUACUUAAAAAUAACGAGUAUAUUUUUAGAUAAUUGCCGAAUCUUUUUUAUAAGUAUUUUUCGCUGUGUAGACAAUCUAGUUUCACAUUUUACGUAUUAUUUACGCGAUUUUAAUUUUUUUUAUCUUUGUUUUUCCGCACAUUCCUUAGUGGCUCUCUUUCAGGCAAUAGAAUCAAGCGAAUAUUGUAAUAUACGUAGCUUAGGUUGUUUUUUUUCCUUUUCAAUUUUAUCAGCUGUGUACAGAAUUAACAAAAUUAUCUUGCGCAGUCUAAUGAUUAGCUUGUUUUAGUAUUAUUAUUAUUAUUAUGUAGUUUUUAGACAGCUUUUUAAAACUUAUUUGAAGAUUUUUUUUGAAAAGUUUCUGAGAUGUUGACUGUUGAAAGUGUCGUUAUUGUGUACGUAUCGUAGAUCGACAUUGCGAAAGAUUGUACUUUUUAAUUGUGUUUCGUUUUAAUUUUUACUUAAGAUUAUUUUAAAAUUGUAUUUUGUAUGUUCAAAAUGAUUAUAUAUAAUAUAUUUAUUCAAUACUU